UAUGGAAUUGGAGUUUUAUACUACACUAUCGUUCGUCUUGUUAUUUUUCCUUACUAUUUUCUUUAUAUUAAAAGAAAAAAACAAUAAUCCUAGACUCCCGCCGGGUUCUUUAGGAUUACCAUGGUUGGGAAGCAGCUAUAGCUUUCAUAAGGCUAUCACAUCCGAUAGGAUCCAGGAAUGGUUCCAAAAAGGGAUUAAAAAAUAUGGUCCAAUAUGGAAAACUAAUAUUUUUGGUUACCAAACAGUUCUUCUACAUGGAAUAAGUGCAAAUAAGUUUGUACUCUCAUACGAUGCGAACAAACUCAGUGCCGAACAGCCCCCGUCCUUCACCAUGAUCAUGGGUAGGAGGGUUAUCAGCGAACUGAAAGGCGAUGAUCACAAACGAGUCAAAGGGGCCAUACUUUCGUUUUUGAAGGCUGAUCUUUUAAAGCAAUAUGUUUCGAAAGUAGAUGAAGAGAUCCAAUACCACUUUAAAACUCACUGGGAUGGUAAACAAGAGAUCCAGGUGCAAUCCUUAAUGAAGAUGUUAACCUUUGAUAUAAUUUGUGCACUACUAUUCGGUAUUGAAAGGGGACCCAAAAGAGAUAGAUUACUACCACCUUUUGAGCAAAUGACUAAAGCAUUGUUUGCACCUCCGAUUAACUUGCCCUUCACUAGCUUGAAUCGUGGAAUCAUGGCAAGGAAGAAACUAGUACCAAUGAUUCUUGAUAUUAUACACGAGAAAAGGGAGACACUUGGAAAACAAAAUCAACAACCUAACUUUCAUAACGAUCUAAUCACUCAUAUGGUUAGCCUCCGUGGAGACAAUAGCUCGUUAGCUUUAUCUGAUGAGGAGAUCACUGACAACAUCAUCGCGACAAUGUUGGCUGGACAUGAUUCAACAUCUAGCCUUCUCUCCAUGUUGAUUAAGCUUUUGGCUAACAACAAAUCUAUCUAUUCUAAAAUACUUAAAGAACACGAAGAAAUCUCCAAGAGUAAAUCAUAUGGAGAAGUUUUAACAUGGGAAGACCUUAAAAAGAUGAAGUACACAUGGUGUGUAGCAUCUGAGAUGCUGAGAAUGUACCCUCCAGGACCUGUGAGCUUCCGAAGAGUUGUGCAAGAUAUUGAGUAUGAAGGAUACAUCAUCCCUAAAGGAUGGCAGGUUCUGGUUUGUCCGAUCAAUACGCACAUGAACAAUGAAACUUUCCACAACCCAACCGUGUUUGACCCAACUCGAUUUGAGAAAGACGCGCCAUCACCACCACCUUUCAGUCUUGUGCCGUUUGGAGCGGGGCCAAGGAUAUGUCCAGGCUAUGAGCUUGCAAAAAUGGAAACUUUGGCCGUGAUUCAUCACCUUGUAAGAAAGUUUACUUUGGAUCUUGUUAAUAAAGAUGAAUCUUUCAAAAGACUCCCAAUUCCAGUAUUUGAUCAUGGAUUGCUAGCUCGGAUUAAACCAAUAUAGGAAAAGAUAAACCGGCAUGUAAAGCAUGAUUUUGGUUGGCGCGCAGAAACAUUUCCGAGCCUUACACGUAAAUUAUAGAAUGAAAUAAAUAUGUAUCAGUCACUCUAUCAUGUAUUGUUACUAUAUUUAUAUAAUCAACAAAAUAAGCCAUACAACAAAA